CUAUAUCUUUGGUUAUGUCUGCCGCAUGUAGAUGUUGUUGUUGAAUGUCAUAUGUAAACGCGUUUUGAACCUUUAAAAGAUGGAUUAUAAAGAAGAACAAACAAACGAAAUAGAGGCCCUUGAUUCCAUAUACUGUGGAGACAUGGAAAUAAUCUCCACCAGGCCGCUCCACAAGUUCGUGAUCCCGAUAAAGUCGGAAGAGUACGAGCCGGACGGCGCGGACGGCCUGUCGUGCAGCCUGAGGUUCGAGUACACGCCCCGGUACCCGGAGGAGCCCCCGGGAGUGGACGUGCUGGACGGGGAGAACCUCCGGGAGGACGACGAGCGGCUGCUGAGGGAACACAUCCUGAGAGAGGCAGAUGAAAAUCUGGGCACCGUCAUGAUCUUCACACUAGUGUCGUCAGCGCAAGAGUGGCUGAACACCAAGUGGGAUGAAAUCAAGAAACAGAAAGAAGAAGCAGCCACGAAAAAAGCCAAAGAAGUGGAGGAAGCUGAAAGAAAGCGGUUCGAAGGCACGCGAGUGACGGUGGAGUCCUUCAUGCAGUGGAAGGAGCAGUUCGACGCGCAGUUCAACGCCCACAGGAACCAGGAGAAAGAAGACAAGGAGGGCAGGAAGCUGACCGGGAAAGAACUGUUUUACGCCGACAAGACGCUCAUCGAAUCCGAUCUCAAGUUCCUGGAAAAUGGAGAUUCUAUAAAGGUUGAUGAAUCAUUAUUUCAAGACCUGGAAGAAUUGGAUCUUGCCGAAAUAAAUGAUUUGGACGAUGAAGAUGACUCUUGAAGUUUGUUUUUAUCAACCGUAUUUACAACAUACACCUGAAUGAAUGGGGAAGACAAUUGUGUACAUAUAUAAUUUAAUAAAAGAAUAGACUAUGUUUGUUUUAUUAAAA